CUUUCCUUUUCUCAUGACCCGUUAAUGUUCAUGUAUCUAGAUCAGCAUCAACUACUAUCUAACUAUAAUCGCUAUGAUCGCAGCUAACUAUAGCCCCGAGUAUCUUGCUGAGUCUAGAGUUGCAUUGGUCAAUGCAUUUUUCUCAAUCCCUAUCCCUAUCGAGGUUUUAAGCACGGUUUUCAGGCUAUGGGUUAAGACAAGGCUGUCCUCACAGCGCCGCUUAGCUUUCGACGAUUACUUCAUAAUCUGGGCUACAAUAACCGCAGUCGCGGUGUGUAUUGUGGGGUUGGUUUGUGCAUCUGGUGGUCUUGGACGCCACAUAGAAGCUCUCCCUACAGAAGACAUAGAAACUUUCCUCUUGGGCGACUAUAUUUUCAGCCAUUUCUACGACUUUGCCAUUGCCAGCACAAAGCUGUCGGUGCUAGCUCUAUACUACCGCAUCUUCGCCGCCGCCAAAUUUCGCAUUUUAGUUAUUGCCACCGCCAUUUGCGUUGUCAUAUGGCUCAUAGUAAUGGAAAUCAUACUGGGACUAGGAUGUCAACCUGUUCAAGGUUGGUGGAAUACUGCUGCUGCUGCAACGGCAACCUGCGUGGAUAAGUUGGCUUUCACAUAUUCCACUAAUAUCAUAAACCUGAUAUUUGAUAUGUGGAUAUUUACCAUGCCAAUACCCAUCAUUCUUGGUUUACAAGCUAGUAUGGAAAAGAAGAUAGGCCUUUGCUUCCUGUUCUCCAUGGGGUUGGGGACGUGUGCUAUUAGCGCUGCUCGUCUGUCGUUUAUUAUCUCAGUGAGAUCUAAAGAUGUCACAUGGAGUGAGGUUCCCUUAGGAAUCCUGUCUGCAUGGGAACCUUGCGGUAGUAUCUUGUGCGCGAACUUGCCCCUGGUCUACAAGCCCUUAGUCCGAGGUGUCCAGCAGAUUCGUUCAACAAUAAAGAGCUCGCGGUAUCGCAGCCAUGACCUUGGAGCGCUACCGUCUUCAUCAUACCACGACUGGGCUCGGCUUGAUAAUAGCACCCUUACUAAUUAUGCUACGUCGAAAGUCACGGCGACUAGAGGCAAUUCAACUGAAUUGAUCAUGAUUGGACAUACUGGAAUCACGGUGGAACGUGAUUUUAAACAAGAGAUUCAUCAUGAAUGAUCGAGGGAAAAGGUCCCUCUUAUGAAUUAAUAACGAACGACAUGAAGAUUACUGGAACAAAUUCCAAGGUCAGAAGUUGAACCUGAGACCAAUUUACUAACUACAACUUCGGUUUUCGCUUGAGUACAAAUUACUUCCUUCCAUU